CGCGGAUUCCCCCCUACGCCCUCCGCUCACGUGGACCUCUCCUGGCCCCCUCCAGUCCGGCCCGUCACCUUCCCAUGGCCGACGGCGCGUCACACGCCGUUGACGCGGCGACGACCAUGGCACAGGGCUUCACACCCGUGCCGACGGACCAGGGCCACCAGCCCCAGGGGGAUCUGCACACCCUCCUCACCUCUCUCCUUGUGCCCAUCCAGGCGCAACUCGCGACCCUCGCGCCCUUACAGGCGCAAGUGACGACCCUUGCUGCCGGCGUGCAUCAACUCCAGGGCGCUGCGUGUCCUCCAUCUCCUGGCUCCCAGUCCGGGUCCCCCGUCCUCCGACAGGGUGGCCACGGUGGAGCUUCCUCCUCCGCUGCCCCCGACCCGGCCAUCUUGGUGACCGUCCACGCCCCUAGCACGACGGCCGCCACGAGUCAGGUCCUCCCUCAGUYUACGGGCGCACCCGCCCAGACCCCGGUCACUACGGCCACGGUACCACAACCCGCUACCAUGGUCGCAGCUUUUCCGGGUGCCCCACUUCUCCCUCCUCUUCGCACGACCACAGCGCCAUCUGGCUCUCCCCAUUGUGGGAUGCCUCGCGCCGCUCAUGCGUCUCCCCCUGCCACACCUCGCUCGACCUACGUUCGAGGUCUCGAGGACGAGAUCGCCCAGCUGCGGACCGACCUCGCCCUCUCACGCCUUCAACCACCCCCACCCUCACAGGUGGCCACGCCUUCCGACGCACCCCCGUCUUCCUCUAUUCUUCCUUCCAUGCAGGCUCGCUUCCCUCGCCCUGCACCCUACCCAUCCCCAUCCUACCUCCUCCCCAUCCCCUCGGUUGUUGCGACCUCUUCUACAGCAGCUCCCGUGCAGCCUGCCGCUGUUUCCCUCGCCACUCCACCAUGCGGCCUGGGCGUACAGUUAGUUGCGCCUCCUCCUCCAGGACCUGCGCCGAUUUAUUCAGCCGUAGCGCAGUCCCCUGCUUCCCGUUCUCCUCGCCGCCAAAACGGUGGCGCACCACUCGUCCGCUUGACGGACAUUGCCUUGUAUGACGGUACAGGCAUACGCGUGUCUCGGUGGCUACAGUCUGCCACCCGCAUGCUCCAGCUCAUGGGUGCUGCACCCGACACGUGGGUGGCUCACCUCUCCACGCGCCUGCGUGGCGGUCCUUUCGACACCUGGGAGGAUUUCUACGCUUACUCCGUUCGUGCGGGUCGAACUCCGACCUUCAUGGAUUUCCAGGCGUUCCUCGAGGAUCGCUUCGGAGCCCGAUAUGACGUGACUGACGCCUUCGAGCGUGUCGUCACUACACGCUGGUCCGUCUCUGGUGGCGCUGCCGGCCUGGAUCGCCACAUCCAGGUCUUUCAGGACGCCCGCCUCAUUUGUGACAUGGCGUUCCUCCCCGAGGCGGCCCUUAUCGAUCAUUUCUUGGCCAGCCUACCACUCCGAGCUAUGGCGGGCGACUUCAUUCACCCCCGUAUGGUGAACGAAGUCCGCUUACCUACGAUCGGGUCUCCGACUCCCAUCUCCGUCACCCUAGGAGAUGACAAGACCCAGCGCUUCUUCGAUCAGACGGUCACCGACCUCCCUUUCUUCCUCACCCUCGAGCCGACUGAUCGUCCCCCGACGUCUCGUCGCCACCGCUCCUCUGCAAAUUUCGAUGUGAUGGAGACAGGGUACGACUUCAUUCUCGGCACGCCGUGGUCUCGUCGGUUCCGCAACACCAAGGACGAUUGGGCGACCAACACUCUCGUUCUUAAAACGAAGUGUGGACAGACGUAUCGCGUACCGUUCAUAGGUACCACUGCGACACCACGCCCCGAUCCUCCUCCCCCGGAGCCUUCCAUGCCCACACCAUCUCCUUCUAUUACUGUCACUUCGCCUCAGCAGUUCGCCCACUUCAUCAGACAGGACGACGUCACCUUCUUUAUUGUGAACGUGACAGAUCUCUUACACUAUGAUCCACCCUGUCUCGACGCCGAGCUCAUCCGUCUGGAGCCGGAUCCUCCUUCUAUCUCCAUGGCUCCCAUCUCUACUUCCGUCCCUCCGCCGUCCGUCGAGUCCACCUCGCCGUCGCCCGCUGACACUGACGCUGAGGAACUCGCACGAUAUACGGCUGACCUGGAGCCCGCAGUUUGUGACCUCAUCCGAGAGUACCACGACGUUUUCCCAUCGUCAUUCUCGUACGCCGGCAUCCCACCGAUGCGUGACGUCGAGCACUCCAUUCAGCUUGUGCCUAACCAUCGUGUUCACCACCAGGCACCCUACAGACUCUCGAUCCCCGAGGCCACCGAACUCAAGCGUCAGCUUGAGGAGCUCCUGAGACUGGGUUUCAUUAAACCCAGCAACUCCCCGUGGGGUGCACCCGUCCUCUUUGCUCGCAAAGCGAAUGAAACUCUUCAUCUCUGCAUCGACUACCGCGGUCUCAACCACUACACGGUUAAGAACAACUACCCCAUGCCUCGUUCCGAUGAGCUGUUCGACCGCCUAGCAGGCAACCGCUUCUUUACGAAGAUUGAUCUUCGUAGCGGUUACCAUCAGAUCCGCGUCGCUGCAACCGACCAGCCGAAGACCGCGUUCCGAUCGCGCUUCGACCACUACGAGUUCACGGUGAUGCCAUUCGGCCUCACCAACGCACCCGCUAUCUUUCUGAGGGCGAUGAACGACAUCUUCAGGGACAUCCUGGAGCAGUACGUUCUUGUCUACCUCGACGAUAUCCUGGUCUACAGUCGUACCCUUGAGGAGCACCUCAGACACCUCCGCGACGUCCUUGGCCGCUUGCGCAGACAUGGCUUCUACGCCAAGUUGAGCAAGUGCCGCUUUGCCCAGCACAAAGUGGAUUUCUUAGGACACUACGUGUCUGACCAGGGUCUCCACAUGGGCGACGCGAAGAUCACUGCUAUUGUGGUGUGGCCCGCCCCCACAUCCACCAAGCAGCUUCGCAGCUUCCUAGGCCUGACCAGCUACUAUAGUAAUUUCAUUUGGGGAUACGCUAGGUAUUCCUACGUCCUUACCUCCACCCUCCUUCGGAAGAACCCACCCUGGGCUUGGACACCCCUCCACGAGGACGCCUUCCGCGCCCUCAAGAAGGCGGUGACAUGUGCACCGGUUCGUCACCUACCCGAUUUUGAUCGCCCUGUUAUCAUUACCACCGAUGCGUCAGACUUUGCCGUAGGACCAGUGCUUUCCCAGGUCUUCCCCUCCUCUCCUGAUUCCUCUCAUCCUCGUAUCCCUCGCUUCCCACCACCUACCCCUACCACUGCUUCCCGACUGACGCCUACUCGUCCAGCUACUGACGAGCCUUCUAUUGACUAUUCUCCUACCAUCGCCGAGGACGGCACUGUCGAGUCUCGCUCAGGUGAUUGUCCGAUAGCCUUCUACUCCCGUCAGCUCCUGCCCGCCGAGAUGAACUACACUGCUGAUGAACGUGAGCUCCGCUUCUCCUCGUCUUACCAUCCACAGACUGAUGGUCAGACCGAGAUCACGAACAGGACUCUCGGAGAUAUCCUCCGAAAGAUUCUUCGUGACGACCAGCAGUGGGAUCUCCAUCUUGCCCACGCGGAGAUAGCCUACAACCACUUUGUCUCGCCAGCCACGGGGAUGUCGCCUUACUAUUGUGACCUCGGCUAUCACCUGCGUGUUCCCGUGGACUUCCUUCGACCAUCCCAGUUGCACCCCGACACGAGUUGUCCCGCGCUGGAUGAUUGGGUUGCACACAUGACGUCGAUCAUGAAGACCGCACAUGAGCACAUAGCCGCUUCCCAGACUCGCAUGGCAGCACGUGCGAACCGAUCGAGGAUGGAUCAUCCAUUCAAAGUCGGUGAUGAUGUGCUUAUCGACGGCCGCCACUUACAGCUCGAAGCGGACACUCUUCGCAAGUUUCGGCGCCGCUUCUUUGGCCCAUGCCGCAUCCUCCAGGCCGUCGGUUCUGAUACGGUAUCUAGCCCGGUCAGCUUCCGUGUGAAGCUGCCCGACUACCUACGCCAAGCUCGUGUGCACGAUGUCUACCACGUCUCGUUACUGCGUCCUUACCGCAGACCGUCUGAGCGUUUCGYUGGACGACCAUACGAGCGCCCUCCACCCAUCAUGGUGGACGGYCACGAGGAGUUCCUYGUUUCAGACAUCAUUGGUCGCCGAGUCACYGACGACAACCCUCCCCACGUCGAGUAUCUCGUACGUUGGAAGGGUUACCCUGAUGAGGAGGCUACCUGGGAGCCCCUCGAGCACUUGCAGCACGCUCGCAUGUUGGUGCGUGCCUAUGACCGUGCUCGUCGUGCUGRGUUCACUGCUCCUCCUYAGCCCACUGACCCUCCUCCUUCUCCCCCGGCUGAGGAGACCGCUGAAGUCGAGCCUGCUCCAUCUGAGGCAGACCUUCAGCAGCAGUCGGAUGCUUUUGAGCGUCCACAGCGCACUCGUCGUCGUCCAGCUCGAUACGACGAUUGACUCUGACUUACCUUCCCACGUC